AUGCAAGCCCAUAACGAGGCUAGUAAUCCUGAUUUCGGUCAAUCGCCCAGUUUUCCGCAGCCACCCCCUGCUUCAACGACGAUGCCUGCUUCAUCAAUCUCAUCUCACACACCAUUGUCUGUACAACAACUAAACCAUUUGAAACUUCAAAUAAUAGCUUUUAAAUUAAUUUCUCGUAAUGUGGCCGUUCCUCCCCAGUUGCAGACAGCGAUCUUUUCACCUAAUCAAGCAGGCUCACUAUCAACACAAGAAUUGAUGAGCAUAUCAUUACCGGGUAAAAUUGUUGAAGCUUCUCAUGGUCAUCAUAAUGCACCUUCGCAUGGAUCACAUGUAUCAUCAGACUCUUCAACGGACAAUGCAUCUGCUCAGCCGCAAACUUCAUCAACCGCUUAUAAUUCCUAUACGAACCCGUUAACUUAUUUGAAACCGGUUAAUACCUAUUCUCAUUCAUCUCGGCAGCAAAGAAUGCUAAUUCCUGCGAUAAUGCCCAUAGGAAUUGAUCCACAAGAUAUUGCUGCAGAAAGAGAACGGCAAUUAAGGGCACGGAUACAGCAUAGAAUUUAUGAAAUUGAAAAAAUAUUGAUGGAUGAAGAAAAUGACAACCUGAGUCCAAGUGAAAGAAUAAAAAAAAUGAUUGAAUUAAGAUCAUUGAAAUUAUGGGACGCUCAGAAGAAGCUUCGUCAAGAAUUCAUAAGGAAUAUGUCUAGGGGUACAACAUUGGCCACGGCAAGUGAUCGUGCCGCCUUUAGGAGAAUGAAAAAACAAUCAAUGCGAGAUGCUAAAAUGACCGAUAGACUUGAGAAACAGCAAAGGGAAGAUAGGCAACGUCGCCAAAAACAAAAACACUUGGAUCACCUGCAACGUAUUUGUAAUCAUGGUCGUGAUAUGAUUCAAUGGCAUCGUACAAAUCAAACUAGGCAGCUUAAAUUUGGCCGAGCGGUUUUGAGCUAUCAUAAUCAAGUCGAAAAAGAAGAACAGAAGAGAGAAGAACGUCUGCGCAAAGAACGUCUAAGGGCAUUAAAAAAUGAUGAUGAGGAGGCUUAUUUAAAACUUAUAGACAAAGAAAAGGACACUAGAAUUGCACAUUUGCUAGAUCAAACGGAUUCAUAUCUAGAGUCAUUGGCUCAGGCGGUUGUUGAACAGCAAAAUGAUGAUUUGCAUUUGGAUCCUGCAGUUAGGGGAGGUGUUGAAUUGAUGGAUGAGAACGAAGACGAGGAAUCCUAUACUGUUGUGAAUGGUCAAAAAAUUGAUUAUUAUAAAGUGGCUCAUAGAAUUAAGGAGGAGGUCGAACAACCCACGAUGAUGGAGGGCGGAACCCUGAAGGAUUAUCAAGCAAGGACUCCUAGUGUUCGCAAGGAACUUCAACAAACAUAUAUCAAGCACAUUGACUUCCAAGUUCUCUUGACAACCUAUGAAUAUAUUAUAAAGGAUAAAUCCAUCCUCAGUAAAAUAAGAUGGGUUUAUGUGAUUAUUGAUGAGGGUCAUCGUAUGAAGAAUGUCAACUCCAAGUUGUCCAUAAUUUUAACCAACAAUUACCAAUGCCGUUAUCGUUUAAUUCUUACUGGAACUCCUCUGCAGAUUUUUGAUUCGGUAAAAAGUUUUGAUGAAUGGUUUAACACACCGUUUGCGAAUACUGGCGGUCAAGAUAAAAUAGCUUUGAACGAAGAAGAGUCUCUACUUAUAAUAAAACGUUUGCACAAAGUAUUGAGACCCUUCUUAUUGCGUCGAUUGAAGAAGGAUGUCGAAUCAGAGUUACCUGAUAAGGUCGAACGUAUGACGGCCAUUAUGUCCAUAAUGGAGGAUUUCCUGUUAUGGAGAGGAUUUAAAUACUUACGUUUGGAUGGUACCACAAAGGCCGAAGACCGUUCAAUAUUGCUAAAGAAAUUUAAUUCAGUGGAUUCAGAUUGCUUCGUAUUUUUACUUAGUACACGUGCUGGUGGGCUAGGGUUAAACUUACAAACUGCAGAUACUGUAAUCAUAUUCGACUCGGAUUGGAAUCCUCAUCAAGAUCUGCAAGCGCAAGAUCGUGCACAUCGUAUUGGCCAAACUAGAGAAGUUCGCAUUCUACGUUUGAUCUCUCAAAAGUCAAUUGAGGAAACCAUCCUAGCUCGAGCACAAUACAAAUUAGACAUAGAUGGAAAGGUCAUUCAGGCCGGUAAAUUCGAUAACAAAAGUACGGCGGAAGAGCGAGAAGCUAUUCUGCGUUUGCUCUUGGAAGAAAGUGAAGAAGCAAAUGAUGUCGAAGAAGAGGAGGAGUUGGAUGAUGACGAGCUUAAUGAAAUUCUUUCUCGCAAUGAUGAGGAGCUUGAGAUGUUCAGGCAGAUGGAUAUUGAGAGAAAUCAAAGAGAAGAGAUGGAUUGGAGAAGAAGUGGCGGGACGGGAAAACGUCCGGAAAGGUUAAUUGAGGAGCGUGAACUGCCACAUGUAUAUACAAAGGAGUACGAUGCAAUUAUUCGAACUGAGGACCCUGGUGUAGAAUAUGGUCGUGGACAAAGACCGAGAGGCUCUGUGCAUUAUGACGAUGGGUUAACGGAAGAACAAUGGGUUAACGCUAUUGAAGAUCAGAAUAUCGAUGUCGAUGAGUUGAUUGCUAAGAAACAAGCAGCAAAGAAAAAAAAGAUUGCCAAAAAGCAUCAAAAAAUUCAAGCUCAGAAUCAACUGGAGACAUCACAACAGUCCACGCCGCAUCCUGAUGAGUUAAAGUCCGAUAAUGAUUCUAAGAAGAAGCGCGGUCGACCAAGAAAAGAUGAAAUGCCAUUUUUUGACAAUGCGGCCGAAUCAUCAAAAGCUUCAAAGAAGAAGGGUAAAGGAAAACGUACUGCGGAUUCAAUGGACUUGGACGAUGAAUCAAAAAAAAAACGUAAGAUGGCCAAGAAAGCUCCUAAAGAAAGUCCCACAGAUACAGUGCCUCCACGAAUACGAGAUCAAAUGAAGCGUAUUUUUAAUGAAUUAUAUAGUAGCGUAGAAAACCUUAUGGACGAUGUGGAAGGAAAAGAUUGGGAUUACUAUUACACCAUUAUAAAGAAGCCUAUUGCGAUGGACAUAAUUAAACGAAAGAUAAAGAGCAAUAGUUACCAGACGGUUUCUCAAUUUAAGGAUGAUUGGCACUUGAUGUUCAAUAAUGCCAGAAUUUUUAAUGAGGAAGGUUCGCAGGUUUAUAACGAUGCCGAUAAGAUGCAGGAAACAUUUGAUUCCAAAUUCGAGGAGCUCUGUCCAGGAGGGCAACUUCCCCAACUGGAUGACGAUGAAAUGGAGUUAUGA